GUGGUGCGGUUGAUUGGCAACACCUGCGCUCGUUGGCCGAGACGUGUGCGUCGUGCGCGUGACCCCUAUAUCUUUACUAGAGUCUCUCUCUCUUUACUGCUGACUAUGUUUACAAUGGACCGAUCAAAGCCCGCGGCCUCCGCCGUCUGCUGCCUCCGCGGUGUUUUGUUGCUGCUUCUGGUCAACUGCAACGUGCCGCUGCUCGUCUCGUCCCCCUCCAACGCGCUCCUCCCCCCGGACGAGUUCACCUACCCGUACAGCAGCAUCUUCUCCCCGCUGCUGCGAGCCCUGUCGGAGCACGGAGGAUCCAGGUGGAACCCAGGUCAGAGGCGGAAGGUGAAGCCCGAGCGCAGGUACAUGAGGUACCUGACGGAGGUUUACAAGAAGCCCUCCCGGGGGCAGAGGAGUGUUGUCGGAGACAAGGUCUACAACACCAUCAGACUGAUCAAACCCCAGGAUGAAUGUGUGGUACAGAGCAGCACAGAAAGUUUCACGCAGGAUUUGUCUUACAGCCUUGAUCAAGUUAGAGAUGAAGAACAGCUUUUGAAGUCAGCCCUGCUGUUCAGGCUUGACCAUGAACUUCCAACACCUGCGAUCUCUGUUUGUUCCCUUAGUCUCAAUGAGCCUUCAAACCAUUGCCAGCUGUGUCUAGGUUCCCCCCAUGCUGUGAAUCUCACAGCCAGUGCAGACAGAAAAAAACACCGGAAAUGGGUGGAGCUUGACAUCAGCUCAAUGAUUCAGCCAAUUAUAAAGUUUCCAAAGAAGAAUAUAAAGCUGCUUGUUAAUGUUUCAUGCCCAGAUGGGCAAAAAACCUGGAGCAGCAAUCACAGAAAUCUGUUGGAGUUCACUCUGAGGUACCCUCCUCUGAUUCUUUAUCUCAAGGACACGGGCAAAUCUGUCCACCAUGGUGUUGCAGUCAAUACCAGCUCAAUCCAUACCCUGUUCCCUGAGGCAAACGCAUUUCAGAAGCCAGUGGUUUUCAAGCCUGAACGGAAACACAAGAGGAGAUGUAAGAGGGAGCCGUCCAAGAGCAAGCGAGGUGAUAAAGGCCUGGACAUCCACCUCCCGGAUCUCCUGCCCAGCUCCGUGUUCCCAACCAGCGACUGUGCCUUGUACGAUUUCAAGGUGCGGUUCAGUCAGCUCAAGCUGGACCACUGGAUUGCUUUCCCACCAAAAUACGACCCAAGAUACUGCAAAGGCACCUGCCCGAGGACCAUGGGUUUCAUCUAUGGCUCGCCGGUCCACACUAUGGUACAGAACAUCAUCUAUGAGAAGCUCGACUCCUCUGUGCCCAGACCCUCGUGUGUUCCCUCCCACUACAGCCCCCUCAGUGUCAUCAUAGUCGAAGCGGAUGGCUCUUAUGCCCAAAAGGAGUUCAAGGACAUGAUUGCUACUAGGUGCACAUGUCGCUAGCCAUACACCAAGCUCCUCUAAAACAGUUAUCGCUGCACUUUUUUGGUGUAUCAACCAUUCUGGCCAGGCUCAGUGAGUUCAUAAAUUUAAUGCACAAAUAAAAUCAUCUAGAGCAGAUGAUGCAAAUGCAAACAGAAGUAUGGCUGUUUUCUUUUUGUUUAAAGCCAAAGAAUACCAAUUGAACAUACCAGCGAUGGUCCAACACAUUUAAAGGGGGAGAAUGAGUGUGUGGUUUUCUGUUAUGUUGUUUGUUCUUUUUUUAUUUUUUGUUAAUUUAUUAUGAUUUUUUGCAGGAAGUCUGCCAAUGUAACACAAUUGACAGAUUUUAAGUAGCCCUGUUCUGGACAAGACAAACAAAGAAACAAACAAACAAAAAAGAAGCCGUCACAAUCUCUUAACAGACCUUUUACAGAUUGUUUUAUUCUUGAAGAUGCCUGGAAGCUGUUGGAAGGGGCUGCUGUCUUCCCCACCUUCAGAAUGAAAGUUAUAAAAGUGCGUACUUAAUACUUCUGGUCACUAAGUGACUCUGUUUGUGUAAUAUACUUGUAAACUAACUUCAUGUAUGAAUUUGUAUAGGUUGAAUGUGACUUAAGACAAAUCUAUUUAUGGUUGUCAAAUGAAUUCACUGUGUGUCUGCUCUGCUCAAAAACAUGCAAAAAAAAAUGUAAGCAUGUCAAACCUUUCUAAAUCAGUUGCAUAAAAUAAAAAAAACAUGUUUUGCAUUAUUAUUGCAUUAA